AGGCUAGCAGUGGAUUCCUUCGCGUGUAUUAAAGCCCCGGCAUCAUGUCUUUCCUUUGGCUCCCGAGUUCUGAUGCAUUGCAAGUGACCGCGAGGGUCGGUUCUCUCAAACUCGCCGUAUGAAGACCAGGUUGAAGAACUAAAGCAUCCAACAUGCCUAUGCACCCAGUGACCGCCACUUUAAUGUAUAGAGGCAUCUACACCAUCCCCGACAUCCUCACCAACCAGGAUCCUAUCGAUAUACCCGAGGACGAACUGGAAGAAAUCCGGGAGGCUUUUAAAGUCUUUGACCGCGAUGGAAACGGGUUUAUCUCGAAGCAGGAGUUGGGAAUGGCGAUGCGUUCUCUGGGCUACAUGCCGAAUGAAGUGGAGCUGGAGGUGAUAAUCCAGCGACUGGAUAUGGACGGCGAUGGACAGGUGGACUUUGAAGAGUUUGUGACACUGCUGGGACCCAAACUCUCAUCCGCAGCAAUCCCAGAGAAAUUUCACGGGACUGAGUUUGAUAAUGUUUUUUGGAAGUGUGAUAUGCAGAGAAUGACAGUGGAUGAGCUAAAGAGACUCCUUUACGAGGCAUUUUGUGAACAUUUGUCAAUGAAAGACAUAGAAAAUAUCAUCAUGACAGAAGAGGCAAGCCAUGUGGAGAACCCAGAUGAAUGUCCAGUUGACAUUGACACAUGUUCCACACAGCAAAUCAAACAGACCUGUGUCAGGAAGAGUCUCAUCUGUGCGUUCGCUAUAGCUUUCAUUAUCAGUGUGAUGCUUAUAGCAGCGAAUCAGGUGCUGAGAAGUGGGAUGAAAUGAGGGUAGAUCCUCAAAUCAGCCUGCGCCUGGACUAUUCAGAUAACCUAGUAGACAGCAGCGUGAUUGCAUGGUAGUCCUAUUGACUUCUGGAGUCCCUGAAGGAACUUCUAACCUAUACAGGAAUACAGGAAAUUAAAUGCAUGACAAUGCAUGGAUUUUUAAAACAACAAAAACCAAUGAUGUGACGACUUUUAUUUCGUGAAACUCUCAUGAUGUUACUGAACACCACCCGUAAGGGCAUCACCGGGUACAGAUGAAAACUGCAGUAUGCAAGACAAUUUUGAACAGAAAUGGACCUUUGGUG